GAGUAUUUUUACUAUUCAUUGUUCAUCAUAAAUUGAUCGAAUUCCUGGGGAAAUACAACUCUAUCAACGUUAACCUCAGAAAGCGGAUCCCAUCAAUAUGUGCUUUAUUUUCACCUGUGGAGAACAUGAGUUCUCAUCCCAACUUCAGGGAUACGAGAAUGUGUUAUGCCAAUGUCAUAACUGCGGAAAUUACUCUGCGAAAGUCAUUAAGAGACAUCCCUGGUUCACAUUCUGCUUCAUCCCAGUUCUCCCAUUGAGCUUCCAUGCUUACGAAGAUGUUGUCUGCUCUAUCUGCAAUUUCGCACAACCACUUCAAAACCGACCAGAUGUUCAAUCCCAGAUAAAUGGAGGAGGCCAAGUGCCAUUACAGAAUCAACCCCCAGGUGGUGGCGGCGGCGGUGGUGGUGGUCCUGCGAAUCCUGGUUGGGGAGGAGGUCCGCCAGGUGGGAAACCACAACAACCUAUGCAGUACGCAUAACAUACCGCUUGAGAGAGGAGGAUUAGGAGACGGUCGAGGCUAGAGGGAGAGUUCGAGUUGAGGAUAUCUCAAGGCUGUAUCAACAAAUAUGCGAUCCAGGACACUCAGGAAAGAGGAUUGGUUCGGAGGGCGUGGUACGGAGUUUAUUAACGGAAAUCGGAAUUGGUUGAAACUAUCGGUGAUAUCUUGAUUUUGGGCAAGAAUUAAUUGGUCUUAUAUUCCUAGGAAGAAUUAUUAAUGAGAUAGUUAUUUUCUAUGUCCUGAAGUCUCAGGUUCCUAUUGUCGA